GCUGCUUACGAAAAUUUUAAAAUUAAAAAAUUAAACUUUAAAUUGGCUUUAAGUUAAGAAAAAAAAAAAAAAAAUAGUAAAAUGUCGUCGCUUACAAAAACAUUAAAUCUUGGCCGAGUUAUUGGAACGCUAUGCAACCGUUUUUCGUUGAUAAACAUCCAAGUUCCACAGCCCCAACUUCACAAAUCUCUUCGAUUGCUCCCAACAUCAAAUUCCUUUCAUACAAGUCCCCCAAAGCAGGAUCUUAUGGAAUUUUUCGAUAACAAAGACAACUGGGGUGAGAAUCAAGUAAAAUGUGGUCGUGCCUGGAACAAGGACGAACUUCGUAUCAAAUCAAAUACAGAGCUCCAUCAACUCUGGUAUAUUUUGUUGAAAGAAAAGAAUAUGCUUCUAACAAUGGAGCACGAGUGCAAUGAUCAAAUGAAACUAUUUCCAAGUCCAGAAAGAUUAGAUAAAGUGGAUAUUUCAAUGACAAAUCUAGAAGCUGUUGUCCGAGAACGCAACAAGGCGUAUCAUUUACUUGAAACUGGAGAGACUGGUGAACGUCCGGGACGUUUAGUUGCAAAUCCUCUUGGCAUUAAAUACUAUUACAAAGCUAAGGAACAUGCCCUUCCACCUCACAUGAAUUUGAAAUGGAUUAAGAAACAGCCGAUUGGAUUUACUGGACGAGCAGUUAGAAAAUUCUUAUUGCUCUAUCGCGAAAAGCUCUACAACGAAAAGCGCAAGGGAAAGAAUCGUUCACGCAAUCAUGUUAUGAUGUUGAUGCGAAGAAAUCCAAAUUUGAGUAUCGAGUUACUGCAGAAGAAAUACCCCGAUGUCGAUGUGGAUAAACUUCUUAAAUCAGAUAAGAUUCGUGGACAUUACGCACCAAAAGUUGGCGCCUAAGUUUUUUUUUUAAGAAAAUUGUUGAAAACGAAAAUAAAUUCAAUUAAAAUUGUUA